UGAGGAAAAGGGGUCAAAGGUCGACCGGUCUGCUCGUGACGUCAGAGCAUCAUGGCGGAGCAGCACUCUCAGUCCCUCAGCGGCUUAUUGAGUGGCCUGGUUCAGCUCAUCUACUAUCGCAACUCUGGCAUUACCGAGCAAAUGCUGAAAGAGCAGCUCUAUCCUGACCUGCCGCAGCAAGAUUUCAGAAUUCUGCUCGAGAAAAUGGCUGGGAUACUGCGGUCAAUAGCAUCUGCAGACAUGGAUUUAAACCAACUAGAAGCCUUCUUAACAGCACAGACCAAGAAACCAAAUGGAAUUACACCGGAGCAGGCGACAGUUCUAACAAAAUUCUGGAAAAGUCAUAAAGUGAAAAUCCGAGAAAGUCUUAUUAAUCAGAGCAAAUGGGAGAACUGCCUGAGGAAUUUGAGUUGGAGAGUUGACCUGAAGUCUCAGUCCAGACAUUUAGAUCAAAUAAACACACCGGUUGCUAUUGUGGAGUUUGAACUUGGUAAGAACAAUCAGAUAUUCCAAUUCCCUCUUGAGUACCUCCAUUGGAAUGUGACACAGGAAUCGGAAUUUCUCUGCUUGGAGUUGAAUGAGAUCAAAGUGAACCAGCUCCUGAACAAACUAGCAGAAAUUGAAAAAAGUAUUGGUGCUCUGAGUUACAUCAGCUGACAUCGAUGGAGAUAAAGAAACUAAACAGAUGGUAGUACCAACACCAUUAUGAGCACUAAAUAUCCCAUCGAAUUAUGGAAUAUAUGUAUUACAUUGGUUGUAGAAUGGUCAGAACUGCAAUGCAAUUUUGAGGUUACUUAAUGACAGCCUCUUAUCUACCCACAGGCCUGAAGUAACAAUGUCUGCCUCACUAAUUCUUUCCUCACCAUCUAGUAUUUUUGUUGUAAAUUGUACUGAAGAUACAGCUUUUGAUUUGGUAUGUUUCACCUAAACCCUUCAGACAUCACCAGCUAAUUUAGAAUCUUCUUUAGAAUGUAAGUUUGCAUUCAGCUGGGUUGGGAAUGCAAGUCAUCUUUCUCUUGUCUGUUGUCAAGAGGCUAAAGUUAAGUUAGUUUGGAUAGUCUCAACAGCCCAUUUCCUUAUGAAACCUUGUCGGCAACAUAUUAAUUGGACAGUCAUCUCAGAAAGA